AUGACAUCGCACAAGCUACCGAUUCGUCGCCUGAAGGCGGAGCUGCGCUGGGCCGCUAGCGCCCAUGCUUUGAUAGGGCGACCGGAUAGGGUCUAUAGUUUGGAGAAGCGGCUCGAGCAGGUCGCGGCCCGGGGGGCCGUAGUGGAGAAGGCUUACGCUGAGCUCGAGGCUUCGGAUGCGGAAAAGGGAGUCCUGGACUCCUGCCGCGCGGACUACGAGCAGUUCUUUUCGCUCACGGACGACUUGAUCGAGGCCGGGGCCAAGUAUGUUAAGGAAGCGCGUGAGGCUCUGAUGAGUGGCCUACCCGAGUCCCCUCGGAAGCGGCCUACUCAGCAGGAGCUGUUGGGACGAUUCCCAACUCUGGACCUGCCGCCGUUCUCCGAGGUCCUCUCCGACUUGAUGACUUUUGUAGGGCUUUUUGAUAGCCUAGUGGACACCAAGAGGGACUUGACACCAAGCCAGAAGAUGGCGUACCUUCUAGCCUCACUGGAGGGGGAGGCCCUGGGCGUCGUCGGCCAUUUGAGAUUGUCGGACGACGCCUAUCAGACUGCCCGGGACCUCCUCGCCGGAAGAUACGCCAACGUCCGGCGAAUUGCGGACGAAUACGUAAGGCAGCUUCUAAGCCUCCCGCUGCUUAGGGACCGGGCCAGACUACGUUCGGACCUCGUGAAUCCAGUCUUGGUGGCCUGUAAUGCGUUGAGGCGGCUGGAUUUACCGGUGGACGAAUGGUCCUUUUUGUUGCUCCACAUCGUGCUGUCCCGCCUGCCUCUCGACCUAAGGAUACAUUUUGAGGUGAGGUAUGGCGGGGACGGCGCCUCCUUUAUUUCGUCCUUUAGUGAUCUGCUGCGGUUCUUGGAGGAGCAGUGCCGGCAGAUUGAGAACGCGGCGGGCACCGUUGACUACUUACGAGCCGUGCACAGUGAGAGGCGGGAUCCGCCGGGCAAGUCGUCGUCAACCCCCCUAAAGCCGAUCGGAGCUCCCGCGAGAGGGCGCCGCUUCCUACCAUCUUACAGUGGCCUAGUGGUCAGGGAGGCUCCCCCCUGUUCCUAUUGCCAAGCAUCCGAUCACCGGGUGACGUCGUUCCCAACGUUAUUAGGUAAGCCGGUUCCGGCUAGGCGAACUAUCGCCAAGGAGCGCCGCUGGUGCUACUCGUGUUUAGAAAGGUACCUCCAGCGAGACUGCCCGCACCAGCGGCCCUGUCCGCAUUGCCAGGGCAAUCACCAUGCAGUUUUGUGCCUGGGUGCGAACGGCGUCUCCUCUCGGGGCUCUGCCGGGCCCUGGACCCCCACGGACGGGGGCGCUCAGCCACGCCCACUGUCGGGCACCGCUCGGCGCUCGCCUGCCAGCUUCCGAGCCCCUAGGUUUGAAAGGGGUCCCUCCCCCAACCAGUCGGGGGGUCGUUCCCCCAGGGGCGGGGGUGUCGGCCACUCAGCAGUCAGCUGGACCCUUCUCACUCCCGUUAUCUGA